AUGGACACAUACAAUGCUGCUAAAGCCGACUACCUCGAGGCCGCCAAGAAGAACCCUGACCAGCGCUGGCUCAAGAUCGAGGACCGUAGCGUGGAGGGGAAACCUCGCAUCGUGGGGGGUGGGGCUUACACCGUCAUUCAGAAGGCAGCUGGCGAAGACGCCCGACCUCUCUCUGGGCCUGGCUCUGGCAUAGAUCACCACGACAGUGCUCUGCCCGAUGUCAAGCUUCCCGGGCUGGGCUACGCACCUGGAUCGGAGCGCAACGUGCUUAUGCGCCAGCUCUAUUCUCAGAUGUGGAGCUGGCACCCGCGCAUCAUGACGGACAGGCCCCAUCUGUAUGGCCAGGCCUUGUGGGUCAUUCCAGAGUACCGGCGCCAAGGUGGCGCGGAAGCGGUGAUGGACUUCUUCUUGGCCCAAGCCGACUCACUUUCACUCGAAUGCUACCUCGAGGGCAGCGAGCUUGGGACGCCCCUCUACCUGCAGAAGGGCUUUGUUCUACUCGAGCGGCCCGUAAUGUCGUUCCGCUACUAUCCCUCUGAGGAUCAGAAGGAUUCGCCGAGUGAUGAGUGGAAUCGUCUUGUCCGCGGGCUACAUGCAGAGGCAGUUGCGAUCAUGUGGAGACCGGUGAGGGGGGAGUACGAGGAGGGCAAGACAGUUCUGCCGUGGGUGGGUAGGCCUCGACUGGCGAAGUUGUGA